GUGAAAGUGGUGAACUGCAUGCCACUACUGCACGUUUAGAACGAUUACUAUUUUAGCCUUUCAAUCCUGUUGCCGUCAUGCCUUCUACAAAGAAUCCAAGCAAGAGAAAGUCGGUGACUGUAACCGACGACGAGAAGGCCCCAAAGAAAGUCAAAGUGCAUCAUCAGAGCCAUGGUACAGAGGCCGGUCACGUGCUCGUGCUGGGCCAGGGGGACGUGGGACAGCUGGGUCUCGGCGAAGACAUCCUAGAGAGGAAGAAGCCUGCUCCUGUGACUCUCCCAGAAGACAUUGUGCAAGUAGCAGCUGGAGGGAUGCACACCGUGUGUGUCAGCGCCUCGGGCAGUGUCUACACGUUUGGUUGUAACGACGAAGGCGCCCUGGGCCGGGACACCACGGAGGAGGGGUCUGAGAUGAUCCCGGGGAAGGUGGCGCUGGAGGGCAAGGUGGUCCAGGUGUCUGCUGGGGACAGCCACACUGCAGCCCUGACUGACGACGGAAUAGUGCACCUCUGGGGCUGCUUCAGGGAUAAUAACGGGGUGAUCGGUCUCAUUGAGCCCAUGAAGAAGUGCUGCCUCCCCAUCAAGAUCCCAAUGCUUAAGCCAGUCAUGAAAAUCGUGUCGGGUAACGAUCACCUUGUGAUGCUCACCAUGGCCGGGGAACUCUACACGUCAGGCUGCGGGGAGCAGGGCCAGCUGGGGAGGGUUCCGGAGCUGUUCGCCGACAGAGGAGGCAGGAAGGGACUCACCCGCCUUCUCAUACCCCAGAUAGUAAAGAUCAAAGGCAAAGCCCAGUUCACGGAUGUGUUCUGCGGAGCCUACUUCACCUUUGCUGUAUCAAAAGAAGGCAACGUCUACGGGUUCGGCCUUUCCAACUAUCACCAGCUGGGCACUAAAAGUAUCAAGACAAGUUUUUCUCCCGUCAAACUUGCCUGCUUUAAGAACUCGGUCACUUCUUGGGUGGAUUUCUCCGGAGGCCAGCACCACACACUCUGCAUGGAUGGUGAAGGGUGUGUGUACAGUCUGGGCCGGGCAGAGUAUGGCCGCCUGGGGCUGGGCCAGGGGGCGGAGGAGAAGAGCGAGCCCACUCCGGUGCCGGGGCUCGGCCCGUCCACCAGGGUGGCGUGCGGGGCGUCUGUCAGCUAUGCCAUCACUAAAGAGGGGGUGGUCUACGGCUGGGGCAUGGGCACCAACCUCCAGCUGGGCACCGGGGAGGAGGACGACGAGUGGAGCCCGCUGAAGAUGCCCGGCAAGCAGCUGGAGAACCGCACGGUGCUGACGGUGUCCAGCGGGGGGCAGCACACGGCCCUGCUGGUCAAAGACCACGCCCAGGAGAGCUGAUGAAGCCCUCGCCGCCGGGGACACGUCGGCAGGUGAUGGGAUGUGCCGGGACUAGGGGCCGCUUUAAAGGGGGAUGGAGGAACCUGUCAUCCUGCGACGGGUCCGAGCCCGUCGCACACCAGGGGACCCAGGAGAGGGCGGGUCCCGCUGGUAGGCCCGCGCCACCGUGGCAUCGGGGGGAGGGCGGGGACAGCAUUCAUUUGAUAGAUCAUGAGGAGGGAGAGACUAUUUUUUUAAGUCGAGAUUUUUGUUUUCUUUUUUAUUGAAAAGUUGGUGAAAAGGGUUGAGGUUUUAUGGCAUUUGGAUCUUGAGAAGAUUUGUAUUUGUAAGUAAAUUAGAGCCAGGAUUUGCGAGCCUUUUAAAGAUUUCCCCAGCUUCUAACACUUUAAGGUUUCCAUUUUCUUUAAAUAAUUCUGGAUCUCCAUGGGUUUAGUCACGUUGAUGGGAGGGUUGAGAGCCACGUUCUAUAGAAAUGUUUUUUAAGUGUGAAGUUUAGUUCCACACACGCCUGAGGCUGUAUGUGUGGGACGUUUCAAACUACUGUAUUGUAUCUCUUGCUUGCCUCUGAAAUAAAGAUGUCAUUUUAAUACCGGCAA